AUGACGACAGUACCGGUAAACUCGCGGUCCAGCGCUGAUUUACGUGCCGCGGGGGACGCCCCGCACCAGGCGCCGUUCAGUUUGUCACUGGCUCAGCUGCUGUUGGACGCCAACGCGCCUGCGGUGGGCGUGGACGUACACGGCUGCGUCACGGUCUGGAACAAGCGGCUCGUGGACAUUACGGGCUUUGAAGCCGAGUGCGUCGUGGGCCGCCCGCUCUCGGACUUUGUAUACGGCGUCCAGCGCAAGCGCGAGAUCUUGAAGGUGAUCAAGACCUGUGUGGCCGCCAAGCGACCGGAGCUCGAGCUGCGGCUGCCGCUGCUCACGACCACGGGCCGCAACGCCCAAGUGCUGACCAACAUGACGCCGCUGCUGGCCGAAGACGGCUCAUGUGUCGGCGUCUACGGCGUCGGUCAAGACGUGACCGAGUGGGCGAGUCAGGAGAAGCAGUACGCGACCGUGAUGAUGCAGGCGAACGCGCCCAUCAUUGAGCUCGACAAAGAAGGCAACAUCACUGUGUGGAACUCCAAGACGGCGUCCAUGACGGGGUACGCGAGCGUCGAUAUGGUGGGCGAACCGCUGCUGCCCGUCGUGGACGAGAGUUUCCGCAAGAUUGUGUCGGAGAAGAUCGACCAGGCGCUGACUGGCACGCCAGGAGCUGACUUUGAGCUGCCGCUGAUGACAGCAAGAGGGUCCCGCGUGGAGAUUGUGCUGUGCUUGACGCCGCGGUUUGACACGCUGGGGUCAGUCAUGGGCGUCGUGGCGAUUGGACAGGAUGUGACCGAGAGAAACACGAAAGAGAUGGAGUACAGGAAACUGAUUGAGACGGCGAAUGCGCCGAUCUUUGGCGUCGAUACGAAAGGAAGAGUCGUGAUCUUCAAUGCAAAGGCAGCGCAGAUCAGUGAGUACACGCCAGAAGAGGUCAUGGGCGUCGAUCUCGUUGAUACGCUGAUUUCGGAAGAGUUUCGGCCUGCAGUUGCUGCUGUUUUCCAGAGUGCCUUCCAGGGAACGGAGACGGCAAACUUUGAGUUCCCGUUGGUCACCAAGACGGGUCGAAAAGUGGAGAUCCUGCUGAACGCAACACCUCGAUAUGAUCAUACAGGUAAACUCGUGGGCGUGGUUGGCAUUGGCCAGGACAUCACUGACCGUAUCAUUCAGGAGAAGGAGUACAGCCGCCUCAUUGACACCGCAAAUGCACCCAUCUUUGGCAUUGACUGCAACUACAAAGUGAUAAUCUGGAACAAGAAGGCAGCCGCAAUCACAGAGUACACGAACGAAGACACUAUCGGCCAGGAGUUGUUCAAGUUCAUAUCCGAGGACUACCGUGAUGCUGUUACGAAAGUGUUUUCGAGAGCGCUCGAAGGGACAGGCACCGCAAACUUUGAUUUCCCACUGAUCACGAAAAGCGGGCGUCGACUUGAAAUUCUGCUGAAUGCGACGCCAAAGUACGACCAUUUUGGCAACAUCAGCGGAGCCGUGGGUAUUGGCCAGGACAUUACCGACAGACGUGCUCAGGAGCAGGAGUACACUCGUCUCAUCGAUACAGCUAACGCACCGAUCUUUGGAGUCGAUGAAAAGGGAUGUGUGAACAUCUGGAACCGAAAAGCCGCCGAUACUACACAAUACUCGAACGAAGAGGUGCUCGGGGUCAAUUUGGUGGAAAACUUCAUUCCGGUUGAUUUCCAAGAGGUGGUGUGGGCGGUACUCUCGCAAGCGCUAAUGGGGCAAGAAACGGCAAACUUCGAGUUUCCGCUGAUCACGAAGGGAGGUCGUCGCGUAGAAAUUCUGUUGAACGCCACUCCACGCUUCAAUGAGAAAGGUGUUGUGAUUGGUGUCGUAGGUAUCGGACAGGACAUCACCGUGCGUAUGGCUCAGGAGAAGGAAACGAACCGGUUGAUCCACUCAGCGAAUGCUCCGAUAUUUGGUGUUGAUCAAGACGGGCGGGUGAAUAUAUGGAAUUUGAAGGUGGCCGAAAUUACCCAGUUUUCUUCCGAAGAAGUGAUGGGCAAGGAUUUGGUGAAUCGAUUUGUUGCCGAAGACCAUCGUGAGUCGGUAGGGUUGCUGUUACGAAAAGCCCUCGAAGGAGAACCCACGGGAAACUUCGACUUUCCGCUUAUUACGAAGACUGGGCGCCGAGUGGAGAUAUUGCUUAAUGCGACACCACGCUACGACGAGCUAGGACAGAUCUUUGGUGUUACAGGAAUUGGCCAAGAUAUCACUGAGCGUAUUGCUCAGGAGCAGGAGUACAUCCGCUUGAUUGAUACUGCGAAUGCUCCUAUAUUCGGAGUGGACAGUGAAGGCCGGGUAAACAUAUGGAAUAAAAAAGCCGCAGAAAUUAUGCAGUACACGACCGAUGCAGUGAUGGGAGAGAAACUUGUGGAAAAGUACAUAACCAAAGACUACCAAGAGGCUGUGAACAAUGUGCUAUCUGAGGCUCUGAACGGCGUUGAGACAGCGAACUUCGAGUUUCCGUUGAUCACGAAGGCUGGUCGACGCGUCGAGAUCUUGCUGAACGCUACGCCCCGCUACAAUGAGCAUGGCGUUGUAAUAGGCAUGGUUGGUAUCGGUCAGGAUAUUACCGAGCGUAUUGCACAAGAGCAGGAGUACACACGCCUGAUACACACUGCCAAUGCGCCGAUCUUUGGUGUCGAUAUCAAUGGACGUGUGAACAUCUGGAAUCGAAAAGCUGCCGACAUCAUGCAAUACACGAAUGAGGACGUGCUGGAUAAGGACUUGGUGGCCGAGUUUAUCUCCGAAGAGUACAAGGUGCCGGUGCGCAGCGUGUUGGAGAAAGCGUUCGAAGGGGUCGAGACGGCGAACUUCGAGUUUCCGUUGAUCACGAAGGCUGGUCGACGCGUCGAGAUCCUGCUGAAUGCCACGCCCCGCUACAAUGAACGUGGUGAAGUCAUGGGCAUGGUUGGCAUCGGUCAGGAUAUUACCGAACGUAUUGCGCAAGAGCAGGAGUACACGCGCUUGAUCGACACUGCCAAUGCGCCGAUCUUUGGUGUCGAUAUCAAUGGACGUGUGAAUAUUUGGAAUCGAAAAGCCGCUGACAUCAUGCAGUACACCAACGAAGAUGUACUUGGCAAAGACCUUGUAGUUGAGUUCAUUUCGAACGAGUAUAAGGUACCUGUGCGUAGCGUGCUCGAGAGGGCGUUCGAAGGGGUCGAGACGGCGAACUUUGAGUUUCCGUUGAUCACGAAGGCUGGUCGACGCGUCGAGAUCCUGCUGAAUGCCACGCCCCGCUACAACGAACGUGGUGAAGUCAUGGGCAUGGUUGGCAUCGGUCAGGAUAUUACCGAACGUAUUGCGCAAGAGCAGGAGUACACGCGCUUGAUCGAUACUGCCAAUGCGCCGAUCUUUGGUGUCGAUAUCAAUGGACGUGUGAAUAUUUGGAAUCGAAAAGCUGCCGACAUCAUGCAAUACACGAAUGAGGACGUGCUGGAUAAGGACUUGGUGGCCGAGUUUAUCUCCGAAGAGUACAAGGUGCCGGUGCGCAGCGUGUUGGAAAAAGCGUUCGAAGGGAUCGAGACUGCGAACUUUGAGUUUCCGUUGAUCACGAAGGCUGGUCGCCGCGUCGAGAUCCUGCUGAAUGCCACGCCCCGCUACAAUGAACGUGGUGAAGUCAUGGGCAUGGUUGGCAUCGGUCAGGAUAUUACCGAACGUAUUGCGCAAGAGCAGGAGUACACGCGCUUGAUUGAUACUGCCAAUGCGCCGAUCUUUGGUGUCGAUAUCAAUGGACGUGUGAAUAUUUGGAAUCGAAAAGCCGCUGACAUCAUGCAGUACACCAACGAAGAUGUACUUGGCAAAGACCUUGUAGUUGAGUUCAUUUCGAACGAGUACAAGGUGCCGGUGCGUAGCGUGCUCGAGAGGGCGUUCGAAGGGGUCGAGACGGCGAACUUCGAGUUUCCGUUGAUCACGAAGGCUGGUCGACGCGUCGAGAUCCUGCUGAAUGCCACGCCCCGCUACAACGAACGUGGUGAAGUCAUGGGCAUGGUUGGCAUCGGUCAGGAUAUUACCGAACGUAUUGCGCAAGAGCAGGAGUACACGCGCUUGAUUGAUACUGCCAAUGCGCCGAUCUUUGGUGUCGAUAUCAAUGGACGUGUGAACAUCUGGAAUCGAAAAGCUGCCGACAUCAUGCAAUACACGAAUGAGGACGUGCUGGAUAAGGACUUGGUGGCCGAGUUUAUCUCCGAAGAGUACAAGGUGCCGGUGCGCAGCGUGUUGGAAAAAGCGUUCGAAGGGGUCGAGACGGCGAACUUCGAGUUUCCGUUGAUCACGAAGGCUGGUCGACGCGUCGAGAUCCUGCUGAAUGCCACGCCCCGCUACAAUGAACGUGGUGAAGUCAUGGGCAUGGUUGGCAUCGGUCAGGAUAUUACCGAGCGUAUUGCGCAAGAGCAGGAGUACACGCGCUUGAUUGAUACUGCCAAUGCGCCGAUCUUUGGUGUCGAUAUCAAUGGACGUGUGAACAUCUGGAAUCGAAAAGCUGCCGACAUCAUGCAAUACACGAAUGAGGACGUGCUGGAUAAGGACUUGGUGGCCGAGUUUAUCUCCGAAGAGUACAAGGUGCCGGUGCGCAGCGUGUUGGAAAAAGCGUUCGAAGGGGUCGAGACGGCGAACUUCGAGUUUCCGUUGAUCACGAAGGCUGGUCGACGCGUCGAGAUCCUGCUGAAUGCCACGCCCCGCUACAACGAACGUGGUGAAGUCAUGGGCAUGGUUGGCAUCGGUCAGGAUAUUACCGAACGUAUUGCGCAAGAGCAGGAGUACACGCGCUUGAUUGAUACUGCCAAUGCGCCGAUCUUUGGUGUCGAUAUCAAUGGACGUGUGAAUAUUUGGAAUCGAAAAGCCGCUGACAUCAUGCAGUACACCAACGAAGAUGUACUGGGCAAAGACCUUGUAGUUGAGUUUAUCUCCGAGGAGUACAAGGUGCCGGUGCGAAGCGUGCUCGAGAGGGCGUUCGAAGGGGUCGAGACGGCGAACUUCGAGUUUCCGUUGAUCACGAAGGCUGGUCGACGCGUCGAGAUCCUGCUGAAUGCCACGCCCCGCUACAAUGAACGUGGUGAAGUCAUGGGCAUGGUUGGCAUCGGUCAGGAUAUUACCGAACGUAUUGCGCAAGAGCAGGAGUACACGCGCUUGAUCGAUACUGCCAAUGCGCCGAUCUUCGGUGUCGAUAUCAAUGGACGUGUGAACAUCUGGAAUCGAAAAGCUGCCGACAUCAUGCAAUACACGAAUGAGGACGUGCUGGAUAAGGACUUGGUGGCCGAGUUUAUCUCCGAAGAGUACAAGGUGCCGGUGCGCAGCGUGCUCGAGAGGGCGUUCGAAGGGGUCGAGACGGCGAACUUCGAGUUUCCGUUGAUCACGAAGGCUGGUCGACGCGUCGAGAUCCUGCUGAAUGCCACGCCCCGCUACAAUGAACGUGGUGAAGUCAUGGGCAUGGUUGGCAUCGGUCAGGAUAUUACCGAACGUAUUGCGCAAGAGCAGGAGUACACGCGCUUGAUCGAUACUGCCAAUGCGCCGAUCUUCGGUGUCGAUAUCAAUGGACGUGUGAACAUCUGGAAUCGAAAAGCUGCCGACAUCAUGCAAUACACGAAUGAGGACGUGCUGGAUAAGGACUUGGUGGCCGAGUUUAUCUCCGAAGAGUACAAGGUGCCGGUGCGCAGCGUGUUGGAGAAAGCGUUCGAAGGGGUCGAGACGGCGAACUUCGAGUUUCCGUUGAUCACGAAGGCUGGUCGACGCGUCGAGAUCCUGCUGAAUGCCACGCCCCGCUACAAUGAACGUGGUGAAGUCAUGGGCAUGGUUGGCAUCGGUCAGGAUAUUACCGAACGUAUUGCGCAAGAGCAGGAGUACACGCGCUUGAUCGAUACUGCCAAUGCGCCGAUCUUCGGUGUCGAUAUCAACGGACGUGUGGACAUCUGGAAUCGAAAAGCUGCCGACAUCAUGCAAUACACGAAUGAGGACGUGCUGGAUAAGGACUUGGUGGCCGAGUUUAUCUCCGAAGAGUACAAGGUGCCGGUGCGCAGCGUGUUGGAGAAAGCGUUCGAAGGGGUCGAGACGGCGAACUUCGAGUUUCCGUUGAUCACGAAGGCUGGUCGACGCGUCGAGAUCCUGCUGAAUGCCACGCCCCGCUACAAUGAACGUGGUGAAGUCAUGGGCAUGGUUGGCAUCGGUCAGGAUAUUACCGAACGUAUUGCGCAAGAGCAGGAGUACACGCGCUUGAUCGAUACUGCCAAUGCGCCGAUCUUCGGUGUCGAUAUCAACGGACGUGUGGACAUCUGGAAUCGAAAAGCUGCCGACAUCAUGCAAUACACGAAUGAGGACGUGCUGGAUAAGGACUUGGUGGCCGAGUUUAUCUCCGAAGAGUACAAGGUGCCGGUGCGCAGCGUGUUGGAGAAAGCGUUCGAAGGGGUCGAGACGGCGAACUUCGAGUUUCCGUUGAUCACGAAGGCUGGUCGACGCGUCGAGAUCCUGCUGAAUGCCACGCCCCGCUACAAUGAACGUGGUGAAGUCAUGGGCAUGGUUGGCAUCGGUCAGGAUAUUACCGAACGUAUUGCGCAAGAGCAGGAGUACACGCGCUUGAUCGAUACUGCCAAUGCGCCGAUCUUCGGUGUCGAUAUCAACGGACGUGUGGACAUCUGGAAUCGAAAAGCUGCCGACAUCAUGCAAUACACGAAUGAGGACGUGCUGGAUAAGGACUUGGUGGCCGAGUUUAUCUCCGAAGAGUACAAGGUGCCGGUGCGCAGCGUGUUGGAGAAAGCAUUCGAAGGGGUCGAGACGGCAAACUUCGAGUUUCCGUUGAUCACGAAGGCUGGUCGACGCGUCGAGAUCCUGCUGAAUGCCACGCCCCGCUACAAUGAACGUGGUGAAGUCAUGGGCAUGGUUGGCAUCGGUCAGGAUAUUACCGAGCGUAUUGCGCAAGAGCAGGAGUACACGCGCUUGAUCGAUACUGCCAAUGCGCCGAUCUUUGGUGUCGAUAUCAAUGGACGUGUGAACAUCUGGAAUCGAAAAGCUGCCGACAUCAUGCAAUACACGAAUGAGGACGUGCUGGAUAAGGACUUGGUGGCCGAGUUUAUCUCCGAAGAGUACAAGGUGCCGGUGCGCAGCGUGUUGGAGAAAGCGUUCGAAGGGAUCGAGACGGCGAACUUCGAGUUUCCGUUGAUCACGAAGGCUGGUCGACGCGUCGAGAUCCUGCUGAAUGCCACGCCCCGCUACAACGAACGUGGUGAAGUCAUGGGCAUGGUUGGCAUUGGUCAGGAUAUUACCGAGCGUAUUGCGCAAGAGCAGGAGUACACGCGCUUGAUUGAUACUGCCAACGCGCCGAUCUUUGGCGUGGAUGCCAACAUGUGCGUGAAUAUCUGGAAUCGGAAAGCAGCACAGAUUACGAACUACUCGAUCGAGGAGGUUUUGGGCGAGAACCUGGUGGAAACGUUUAUCUCUCCGGAGUUCCGGCCUAUUGUCGCUGAAGUGCUGUCGCAGGCACUGAAAGGUGUCGAAACCGCAAACUUCGAGUUUCCGUUGAUAACGCGUCCAGGCACACGAAUUGAGAUUUUACUGAACGCGACGCCUCGGUAUGAUCUGAAUGGCAACAUUGUGGGUGUUGUCGGGAUCGGUCAAGACAUUACUGAUCGCAUUGCUCAGGAGCACGAGUAUUUCCGACUGAUUGAUACCGCCAAUGCUCCGAUCUUCGGCAUUGACACAAACGGUCGUAUCAACGAGUGGAACCAGAAGAUUGAGGAGAUUACAGGCUACCACAAGUCAAGCGUGUUGGGACUUUCACUUGUUCACACAUUCAUUACACCAGAAAGUCGACAACAAGUUCGCCAGCUGCUUAACCAAGCAUUGAUCGGCAUUGAUGUCGGUGAGAUGGAGCUCCCAAUGACGACGAAACGUGGUGUCUUCUUGCUGCUUCUUGUGAACGCGUCGAGUAAGAAAGACAUGCAUGGAAACAUCCGUGGUGUGAUCGGUGUUGGACAAGAUUACACCGCAAGAAAGCAUAUGGAGGCUGCUAAGGUGAAUUUCUUGGCCUCUUUUAGCCACGAGCUGCGAACGCCGCUGAACGGUGUAUUGGGAAUGCUGGAACUGUUGAAAGAGCAACCUCUCGAUAAAUCUAUCGAGAGAUACGUGCACAUGGCAUACGUUUCUGGAAGUCUCCUGCUGAAUCUGAUCAACGAUAUUCUGGACUUGUCGAAGAUUGAGGCUGGGCAUUUGGAAAUCUCGACAGCGCCAUUUCAGAUGCACGACCUGCUCGACUAUUCGAUCGAGAUAUUCAAGUUCAAAGCCCGAGAACGUGGUCUCCAGCUUGAGCUGAAGUGCGGGGACAAUGUACCAAAGGUUGUGAUUGGUGACGUUGUGCGCUUACGCCAGGUUUUGCUUAACUUGCUGUCGAACGCAAUAAAGUUUACGAAUGAAGGCUCGAUUACGGUAGCGUGUAGCGUGGUGCAUUCUCCUGAGUUACCCCAUCAAUUCAAGAAGCUGCUGUUUCAGGUCAUUGAUACCGGCAUUGGUAUGGAUGCAGAGGAAAAGAUGCGCUUGUUUUCGUUGUUCACGAAACUGGAGCGCACACGACAGAACAACCCGACCGGCUCUGGCCUGGGACUCGCAAUUUGCAAGCAGCUUGCGGAGCUUAUGGAUGGCUCCAUCGAUGUCGAUAGUGAGCUGGGUGUCGGAAGCAAUUUUUUCUUCACCGUGAUUGUGAGAUUGAUUGACGAGGUGGACCCGAAGCGCGCAUUCUACUCGUCCGAAGAUUGCAUGGAGCCGUCAUUGUCGUUGGUGUCACCUGACAAAGCUGGCGAUGGUAGUGAAAUGUCCUCCGUACGCGUAGAGGUUCCAACUCAGGCCCGCAUCUUGGUCGUUGAAGAUAACGAAUUCAACUGGGAAGUGGUGAAAUGCUUCCUUCAGCAAGACGAUCACUUGCUGCAGUGGGAAGUUAAUGGUCGCGAUGCCGUGAAGGCUUACAGCGAGAACCAUACGGAGUUUGAUCUGGUCUUCAUGGAUUGCGAAAUGCCCAUCAUGGAUGGCUACACAGCCACGGCUACAAUUCGCGAGUACGAGCAGAAACAUAAUCUUCCCCGUAUCCCGAUCCUUGGCUUGACUGCCUACGCCAUGAGUGGCGACCGGCAGAAGUGUCUCGACUGUGGCAUGGAUGAGUUCAUGGUAAAGCCUAUCUCGAAGCUGAGUCUUCGCAAGGCCAUUCGGCAGUGGAUGCGUAUUCGCUAUCUUGGCCAGCACUCCCCCGCACUGGGAAACGUGGCAAACGUCCCUGGUUUUACAAAGCAAUCGCUGAAGCCUGUGAAUCUGCAGAAUGGGUCUGGUAGUACGGCUAAAAGCUCAGUGCGGACCUCCAUUCCGCCACCAGGUGCCCUCAGUUCAACGCCAUCGUUCGAGAGUGACCUUGAGGAUGUCACGCUUACGGGUGCAGUAUCGACUGCAAGACUUGCACCUGCGUCACGUCAUAUGCAGCAACUGGAUCUCGCUCAAGCUAUUUCGAACUUGGAACUUGACGAUCCUAUGUCAAUCGGUCUUCAAAGUGGCGGGGCCGUUCGAACGGCAACGCCAACGACUUCGAUCUUUAGUCUAGGACCGUCGGUGAAUAGUAACGCUUCACGAACGGCAAACUCGAACGAGUUGCCAGACUUGCUUCGACUGUCAAGGAACACAAGCUGUACAUCUACAAUAAUGAGCCCACCAGAACAGGAAAAGCACUCGCCGGAGACGUCGACUACACUGCCUAAUGUCAAAGUACCUUUUCCAGGGGGAACGGCAAGUCCAGUUCUCGGUGAAGUGCGGUCGUCGCUGCCUGUGAACCCAACGCUUUGGAGCCAUCCCCCGUUCAACAAGAAGGACCUACCAACGGAAGAACCGGUCUGUUGGCCCGGUCUUGCGCCAAAGAAGAAGGUCAGCUUUCACGAGGACCUCGACUACGAAUCGAGCCAAUUGAGCACCAGAGAAGUGUACAGUAGUGGUAGUGGCUGUGGCAUGCCAUCGGUCUUGGAGCGCAUGGAAACUAGCAGCUCGGUCGACGAGGAUGGUCCGGCGGUAGCUGCUGUCAUGCGUCCAAUUGAUCCGAUGGCCAUUGAGAUCCCGGAAGGAGACCCGGUGAACUAUUCACUAGGAGUUGAUCAGUGCGGAGGACAAGAAGGGCUUUUCUUGAUGCUACUGGAGAAGUUUGCGACAACGUUGGAGGCCAUCAUGGCCCGGGUUAUCGAAGCUCACGAAUGCAACGACUUUGCUACUGCUCGCCGCGAAGCCCAUUCACUGAAGGGGUCAUCUGCCUACGUCGCUGCCCUUCGUGUGUCCAAGUGCGCCUUCCGCGUUCAAGUUGCGUAUGAGCAGUUGAUAGCAAAGCAGGUCAUUGGCGAGGGUUCUGACACAGUGGAUGCGAAGCAGGUCGUAGAUGACUCUGUUCGCCUACUCACGAAGGAGCAAAGACUGCUGCGCGGAUAUCUUCGCCGCAACUUUGAGUUCAAGUCCAGAUCAAACGCGUCUCAAGUGCGUUCAGGCGAACAUGACAAUCACGAUAAAGACAACGGCUCAUGCCGCGUGAUGUGA